GACGGUAAACCUCCGGGGAUUGAGAAAGGGCACAACGCGCGAACCAUCAAAAUCUCUCGCUAAUCGGGUCCCAUUAAACCUGUUCAUUGAUAUUCUUUCAUUAAACUCCCAACGCCCCUCAAGCUUACUGCGCGUCUCCUGCAUUUAAUUUUGCUGUCUACCCCAGUCCGUCCCCCGUUGCCAGUUUCCCGGUCUCCCUAGCGUUGUUCAAUCGCUCCACUCAACAGAACAACCACCCCUACCAAAUCGACGAGCGCGAAUCCCACGCCGCCCGGAGCAACGCGUCUUCAACCCAUCAACCGAUCAAAUCAAAUCAAUCGACCGACCGACCUCUUGUAUUGCUCACAGCUCGCAACGAAAUCUCGUCAGAUAAAGAAGCCCCGACCUAUCGGAUUUUCACAUUUCCCCAAAAGGGUUAAAUCAAGAUCAACCCGGAAACAUGGGUCUCCCUUUGUACAUCGCCCCGGUUGAAUCAGAUAUUCCUCCCCGAUCCGCUCCUAAAAGCCCACCUGCACACCCACGAUCAGCCAUUCGCCGACGCAGACAUGAUGUGUCGGGUGUCGAGGCGCGCCGGCGCGCCGGCUUAGCUGCACAUAUCGCCGCUGUCCACGACUACGCAUUCGGGCCUUCACAACGCUGGGUUGCCAGAAGAGGAGGCCGCCUUGCGACGCCACCCAGGGAAAACACCACUGCGGGUCCUGUUGGCCAUACUGCUAUGGAUUCUACGGCCGACACACAACCGCCUGACGCAGAUCAAUGGCGGGCUGCGACUCGCAGGUUCAGAGAGCCCUCUAACCCUCCGUCACGGAGGUCGACCGGUCUAGAUGACCGGGCUGCGUCUGUAAUGGCCGAGCGAUGGGCCAACCUUCACACACGCGCAAGUCCAGACCUGGCCGCCCGUGUGCAGGCGCUCCGCACCGCGGUGGACAGCGCGCAUCGGAGCGUACGAACCUCUAGAGACGGUCUAUCGCGUUUUUCCCGGUCCCGAACAUCGCGUUCGCGUGACGAGAGUUUGGAACUGCCACCCAUAAGACAGGAAGUGCGAGUUGUAGUUGAACCAUCUCAUACUCUUGAGCCGGACUUGUCAACAAUGGGGGGUUUGGCGGGACAGCGUCCCUCGCGCUCUUCAAGGAAUAGUAGAAGAGAACCGAGUCAACCGACGCCUAUGGAUGGGCUUGGCGAUCGCAAUCGCAGCUUGAGUCCGGAGGCGGACAACCCUUGGCACACUAUUGUAUCUACUCUUACACCUGACCCGCAGCCACCAAGUGCUAGUUCGUCCUUUGCAUCGACUUCGGCAUCCCUGUCCACGUCGACGACGCAAAGCGCCGGUACAGGCCGUUCCUCUGCAACUUCGAUGACUGGCAGGGACACGCGGAUGGAUGAUGUCGAUCCGAACUGCGAGUCAGCUUGUGAAAACUCGGAUACCGAGGAAGAUGAGGACGAUGAGUCUUCCGAGUCGGCUCUCCUUCCAUUUUUCAGCCGCCCAGAACUUGCUGAUGAUGCUCGCAUGGAUCAAUUCAUGCAAGCCGUUCAAUCAUACUCCGGUGAGACCGGCGACAGAAACAGAGGGACGCGCACAUAUGCUGAUGUCAUUGGCAACACGGCCGACCGUACGAAUCCGAGUGGAAGCUCGGCGGACAACCCCGGAGAGCUCAUGGGCGAAAUGCAGCGCAUUGUACGCCGUCUCGCAACGCGCGAAGAUAUCCCUGACGAGUGGUGGGCCGAAGUUGGGCUCAGUCGGACCCUGUCUAGAGCGUCUGGCUAGUGCAACGCUCAGGCGCCACUUUUAUUGUCACGGGUCAGCGCACGCGCAAGCUGUGGCUUGGUUUUUAUUUGUUGUUUCUGGGAUCGCGAGAAAAGGGCGAGUCAAGGUAAAAGAUCUCAGCGGGUCUUCCUUGAGUUAAGAUUAUUUGUUUUGAUGAAAAUGGCGUGUGGCGUACGGAGUGCUUCCAAGGCGAACCGAAGCUACCAAAAUUCCUUUCAUGGGAUUCGGGGUCCGGGAGGUAGUUCUCCUGGUUACAAUGGACUUGCGUAUGAAAUUUGACAGCGAAAAAAAAAAUGAUAGGGCUGAAGACGGAACCUACCAUCGUUCACGUUUGAUCGAUGCUGGGCAAGCCAUAGUGAUGGCAGAGUUAGACAUGCCACUUGGCCAACGUAUGUACUUUUAUGUUAUAAAAAACUUGUAAGAGUUCUCUUCACUGUGAUACCAUAGUUUUGCAUACGAAACCCAAAUGGACGAUUCAAC